GGAAAUGUUAGGUAUCCUAAUUUUAGCCGUUGUAUGUUAUUAACCGUAGCCGCAAAUUUAUUAUGCUAUCUGAGUUAGUGUCCAUUCGUGAAAGGUUAAAUAAAUUAAGAGAAGAUAUUGUAAAGUUAGGUCCAGAGAGGCGACGGAAAGAAAUAGGUAGAAAGAAACUAGACGAAUCAAACGAAUUAUAUAAUCGCGCGGCGGAUAUUGUGUCUCAGUUACAGAAGCAAACGGAAAAAUAUAAAAUUUCAGAAUUAGAGUUAGCUAAUAAGCAUAUAAACGAUAUUGCCGACACUUACAGUAGGAUAAAGAUAGCAUUAAAUUAUUUUGAUACAGAAUCUCAAACAGACGGAAAAAUGGCUAAGCCCAGUUUUGAUGUCAAGACGGCCAUCGCCUUGUUGCCCGUCAUGACGGGGCAGGAGGAUACCACUAAACAAUUAAUAGACGGUAUUCUAAUGUACAGUUCCAUUAUUAAUAGCGAAACUCAACAGGUUUUAAUAGACUUCGUCCUAAAAACAAGACUUUCAUCUAGCGCUAAGCUCAGAUUAAAGACGUCAUAUAGUAGCGUAGAAUUACUUGUCACGGAUAUGCGCACAUUUUUACUACCUAAAAAAUCGUCCGAAUCGAUUCAGGCUCAACUAUACAGAGCUAGGCAAGGUAGGAGAACUAUAGAGGCAUUCGGAGCCGAGAUCGAGGAUCUUUUCGUCAACCUGACCAUAUCUCAGGCCGACGGUAACGAUAGCAGGUACGAUAUACUUCGUCCGCUGAACGAGAAAUCAGCCAUUAAACGGUUUGCAGACGGUCUAGCAGACCCAAAAUUAAGCACAAUAAUAUCAUCUAGGCAAUUUACGUCAUUGCCCGAAGCAAUCAGGACGGCCAUUGACGAGCACAGCUCAUCACCACAACAGGAUCAAGUCCUACAUUAUGGACGGGGACAUUCUCUGCAGCUACAGUUCGCCGACCUGCGCACCCGCCCGCUCGACCGAAUACGCGUGCUCAGCACAUGCAACCGUCACACGAUAAUGUAA